CGGACCCUACGCAGAGAGAGGAACUGGAGACAAACUGCCAUGGACCCAGUGGAAUGGAGGAGGCUACUAUGUACAGCAGAGGCCACCCCGGCCUUAGCCUGAUUGGUAAGGUAAGUAAGCUGAGAAGCAGGCUUUGUCCUCCCAACUGGUUGGGACGUUACGCCAAGAAAAAGAAGAUCAAGCUAAGUUUGUGAACACCUAACAAAAAAAAAUACAUUACUGAAGGUUUAUAGGUUAGAUUCUCGGAACCGUCGAGGUUUUUUUUUCUUAACUUUUUUAGAUGUGCGCCAACUUGAACCUAAAUACGCGCUUGUGAUAAGUACAACAAGCGAGGAUUUCCUCCCUCGUUAAAGAAAAUUGUCUUGUCUUUCCUAGGCUUAGAAUAUCUCCAAGUCUGUCAAAAGCUCUACGAAUGUGAAUUUGAUAAUGGCAAGCUCUAGCUGUAAUAGCGAUGAAAGUGUUGAUAGAACAGAACACUAACAUGAGAAACAAACUUUCUCCGAUUUGAGACACAAUGACAUAAAAAGGAGUUAUACGACGAUAACUGUAAUUGUUAAAAAGCUUCAAGUUGAGCUAGUUUCUGGGUGCUAAACGGCAAAUUUAUUGCCCUUUAACUAUAUUGGGGUCAUUAUGAAUGGUCGAUCAAUAUACCCAAUAAGGAAUAGAAUAAAACCAAACCUGCCAGCGGUUAUCACUAAGGCACCGAAAAUUUCAAUAAUUACAUCAUUCGACCGGCGUUUGAUCAGUCGACUUGCGCGUGCUCACCGCGUUUCCCUUGGAGGGCAAAAGAUAAUCUUAAUUUUGCAGAUUUUUUUUAUUCAUCAUGUACGUUCUACAGCGCGUACCACACCUAUGUAGUCUGCCGCGGCGGUGCCACACUCACGCGUGGGCACAAAAAAGGAAAAGCACAUAAAGUGCUCCAAAGCCGAUCGAUCGACUCUGGGUACAGUUGAUGGGCGAAUUCAGCCUCUCGUCUCGACUAACUCCGAAUGCAGCUGGAUGUGAUCUUGGGGUGCAUUUUCGUGUGUUGGUAAAAUCUGCUUAUGCCUUUCAGAAUGCACUUCGCCGGGUUGCAUGUCGUGAGAUUGAACUUGCGCCCUCGGACGCAUAUGAUAGAGAGAACACAAGUGCAACAGCUGAUAUAUAGGUACGCACUUCUGAUCUACGGCAGAAAAGAAACAAAAAACGGUUCGCCGAUUGAGAGGCCCAAGUAAAACGGUGACAUUCGAACCGUGCGAGCGAAUUUUAACUUGAUAACGACUAUAAAAAGGAGUGGACAGUACUCUAGAGAAUAUAAUCAACAUACGGUUGUCACACAGUUCACAUAGCUCCCAAAAUGGCAUUCAAAUUCGCAGUCUUGGCCGCCGUCGUGGCCGUCGCUAACGCCGUCGCCAUCGGUUACCCAGCUGCCUACCCAGCCCUCGGUGUGGCCAAGGUUGCCGCUCCUCUGGCCUACCCAGCCGUUGCCAAGGUUGCUGCCCCAGUCAUCGCCAAGGCCGUCGAUGAUUAUGAUCCAAACCCACAGUACAGCUACAGCUACCACAUUGCCGAUGCCCUGACCGGAGACAACAAGGAACAGCAGGAAUCUCGCUCCGGAGAUGUUGUCACUGGAUCCUACUCUCUGGUUGAACCCGAUGGCACCCGUCGUGUCGUUGAAUACACCGCCGAUCCAGUCAACGGAUUCAACGCCGUCGUCCACCGCGAGCCACUUGCCGUGAAGGCUGUUGCCCCAGUUGCCAAGAUCGCUGCCCCUCUGGCCUACCCAGCUGCCCACGUUGGAUACCCAGCCUACGGAAAGGCCAUCCUUGGUUAAGCAUUGACUAGCCUUCACCAAUUGAACCUUUUGUGACUGCACGGAUUACACUCUGAUGAAAAUCACAAAAAAGCAUUUCCACGUGAAUUGUAUUGACGACCCGCCGCCAUCGAACCAGGACUCCGAUAGACAGUUUAGGGGAAAAAAUGUACACAUUGUACACAAACAAUUAGAAUCAUUCAUCAUGUAAAUAGUAACAUAAUCGCUCAAAGAACGUAAACGUACCAUAACAACAAAAAGAGGAAACAUCAUCCAUCGACAACGAGCAGUGUUGUUGAUAGUACGCACCGAAUUGCUGUACAGUUUGACUGUGUGUGUGACUUAAGUGUUAUUCUAGUGUUAAUAGCUCAAUCAAUCGUGAACAAUACAGAAUGAAAAGGAAACAAA